AUGGCUGCACAACAACAAGAACUAGAUGAGAAGAACCCAUUCUAUGAGUUAGUUGUCAUUUGUAGUACUUCUGGUCAAUUUGACCAAACCGUCAAUUCGUUCAAAGAUAUUAUAAAGAAGUCUAAGUUAGUAUGUAUAAAGGAUACUGAGUUGUUAGAUUGGAUAAAGAAGUACCAAAGAAGGGUUUUGAAGUACAAUGCUAUAAAUGAGUAUAUAAAUUCUAAGUUUAAAGACCCAAAUGAGGAAAUGCAGAGAAUAUUAGAGAAGAAACACUUCAGAAACAAACAGAAAGAGAUAGAAUACAUUUCGAAGAAAUUGCAAUCUUACGAUUGGAAGACUUACCCUCAUAGAUGUCUUCUUAUCUUAGAUGAUUUCGCCUCUCAUCCUUUGUUAAAGAAUAGAGAACAAGAUAUGUGUCGAAUUCUUAAGAAGCUCAGACACUUUAACAUCUCAGUUGUCAUUUGUGUACAGACAGCCAAGAGUUUAAGUAAGGAUGUAAAGAGAAUACUUACUGACAUUGUACUUUU